AUGGCAACGGAGCGCGAGGGCGCGCGCGAACCUUUCCCCCCUCGCGCUCCCCCCCCCGCGGUCACGCCCAGAGACGGUGGCGGCCCCGCCCGCGCGCGCGCGCCUGCACCCCCCGAGCCGCGCGGGGCGUCCCGGGGGCGCCGCGGGUUCGGGGCCGCGCUCCGCCCCUCCCGCAGCACCGGGCCCGGCCCGACCGGGAGACCUCCGCACCCGCCCGUGGGCGGCGGAGUGGUGCCCGCGCCUGCGGCACGGAGCGGGGGCAGCAGCACCGCCUCCUCGUGCGGCCGUGGGGUGUGCGCGGAUGUCACCGCCGCCCCCCGCGCAGCCCGGGCGGGCUCUCCAGGCUUUGUGCCGCCCGGAGCGCCUAGGCUCCCCAGUAACCCCGGCCGAGCUCCGUGCGUGGCUGGGUGGCUGAGCCCCCAGGGUGUUGGGGGGACCGGCACUGUCCUGGCACACGGGUGGCUGCGGGACUGCUCCGCAUCGAGCCGCGCCCCGGAGCCUCAUCCUGCACCGGGAGCGCGACACAUGCUGGGGGUUAAAACAAGAGGUCCGGAAGAGGAUGGGGGGCCGGGCAUGGCGGCUGGGCCCUGGGAGAACCCCCGGCGCUGGCGGAUGGGCGCUCAGCGGCUCUGCAGGCGCCGGACGGUCCCUCUGGAAGCCUCUCCCUUGGAAAGGCAAGCGGGCAUUUCGGACAGCACCACCCAAACGUUGUUGAGAACAUGCUGACAGGAGUAGGAAGAGUAUUAAUAAACAUUGCUGUUGUUGGAAAUGCUUUUUCAUUUUCUGAAAAAAAACCCACCGUGUUCCCUAAAGGUCGUGGAAGUCGGCAUUCACUUGUCCCCUUUCUGAAGAGCAUGCCCCAGCCUAAAUCCUUGUCUCAAGUAUGCAGUGUCCUGACCGCUCCUGCUUUCUCCUGGGCUCUGGGAUCAGCUCUCUCUCACAGGAUUAGAAAUAAAAUGGAGAAUAAUAAGAUGGAGAAAGCACCAGAUUCAUGUUGUAUCUGGCAGUGCCACGGGCCAGGAGCAUCUCCAGAGUGGGAGGGGGAUUCCCUGCCGGGGGCUGGCUGCCGGCUGCCGUGCCUGCCUGCGGGAGACCCCGGCAGCUCCCGCCCUGUUCCCGCUCGGUGCAAACCUCACGGAAAACCUCGGCUCGGUCACGUGCCCGGGACUGUGUCCCGGCUCCCGGGGCGGAUCCCACCAGGUCACUGGGACUCGCUCGGCUCAGUGCUCGGAACAACUCCCGCAGGAAGAGCCCCGGGGCAGGCCAGGCCUCUAUUUAUGUCUACAGCCCUAAAAAUCUCUUGGUGGGGCAGAGUGAGGGAGUAGCGUGGGAAGAGUGAGGUGCUUGCUUCUGGAAAGCAGGAGGAAGUUCCGGAUGUAUUUGUGUUCUGGAGUGGCCGGGAGCAGAAAACUGUCACCAGAGCUGGUUACAUCUCACGCCUGCAAAUGCAAAAAGUUGUACGGAGACAACAGUGCACAGGAAGACUUGCUAGGCUAUGGAUUAAGCCAAUUAUUCAGAGAAGAUGAUGUGUACAAGGAAAGCUCAGCACUCAAAAGCAGAGAUUAGGUGCCUUUCUAAGGAGAAUAGGUGGAGGGACAAGAUUUGGGGAAGAAAAACCUGAUGAAGAAAAUGUUCCACUUACUGUGAAAACAGAAAAGAAGGAGGGUAAUAAAAGAAUGAAGGCUAUCUAGUUUCAAAAUUUGGCUGAAGAGAAAGAAGUAGUAAAAAUCACUACUGCAGAUGAGAUCCAUAGAUAAUCUCAUGGCAUGUAGAAAGAUCUGUACUGUAUCUUGCAACUAUCAGAAAGCACAUGGGGUAGAGGUUUCUUUUAAGAUGCAGUUUACAAGACAAAGUAGAGACUUGGAGGUGUCCAGCUAGAGCUAUGGUUGAUGUCCAGGCAGGAAGUUCUUAAAAUGUCCUGAAUUCCAGGCUUAUAUCUGUCUGUCAAUGCAGUCUGUGCUACAGCUGCUCAGCACUGAUGAAGAAACUCUCUGACUCUGAACUUCUUGUUUUCUCCAUCUCCUACUGGUAGCUGGUGAUGAGGAAAGCACAGUUAGGAAUUCUCUUUCUGAUGAAGCUUUUGAGUUCUCAGUGCAUAGGCACUUGGUCUGUGACACCAAAGCUACUCCUCAGCAUCUGGACACAACUCAGGGAAGAUUUUUUCCUCCAGGUUUUUGGUUAACAAGCUGGGCUGACGUACCUUCACCUCAGCUGUAAAUGAAUCCUCUCCUGGCCCUUGUACAGUGUGCCAUUCCCAGGAAGAUUUGGGAGUUUGUUGGCAUGUCCUGGCUCACACAUUCCCUGGCAUCGCUCUGAUAUUCCUACAACAAUUUCUAUCCCCAGCAGAUCACUUCCUCAAGUAAAUAUGGCAUUGCAGCUCAGAGGGUGGUCGAGGACUGCUCGAUACAUUCAUUUGGAUGUAUGCAGAACUGAAGUGAUCUUUUCCUGUGACUUGGUGCUUUGCCACCAACCAAAAAUUCCCGCUCUCCCUCCUGCUGUGAUCUUCCUCCCACAGACCAGCCUUGCUGGUGAUUUUGUCUUGCUCCUCCCUUCCCCAGCAAGCUUCUUGCUCUGACAAAUUCUCCUUGGGCUACAAUAGCUCCUGCCAGGUUCCUCCCAGUCUGUGGUCAUGGCUGCUGGGGUGGAUGUGAGCAUACCUGGCCCCAAUGCCACAAACUCUCCCUUUGUACCCCUAACAGCCUGGAAACUGCUUCAAAUUCAUGAAUCCAUCCUGCAUAUAAUUGUGCAUUUUCUUCAGAGGAAAAAUAUAUCGCAAGAAGAAAAGUGUCUCUACCUAAAAACAAGCAUGUGUUGUUUUGGGAGUGGAAAAGAAUCCCUAAACAAGAUGACAAAAACACACAGUAUAUUAUUUUGAUUACAGUUUUUCUAACUGAACAUUUUUACAGAUCUGACAAUUAUUAAAGGGUUUCAAAAAUACAGGAGGUACAUUUUUUCCCUCUAGAGUUUUGAAAUCAAUCUCCAUGUUUGCUAGAGAUCCUUUUCUCUGCUCUUUUGUACCAAGGUCCCCAAGUAAGAUAAUGUUUGUCCUGGGAUUUUUGGGGGAGGGUCUUAAUUAAUCUUGAUUAGACAUUUCUAGAGAAGGCUGGCUGCCACAAAACCAUGGGUACUGCAGAGGCUGUGUUUCUGAGGUGUGGUACUGGUGGGCACUUGUUCUGUAACCUUGGGGGGAAAGAUGCCAAGUGCAUGCUGCUCUUUUCAUGUCACACCUGUUGUGUCUUCCUUGGAGCAUCUGUUCAUUACUGUCAGGGGACCCCGGGCAGCUGGCUGUCCACAAUGGCAAAGGGAAUGUCUUUUGUCAUGUUGGGGGACAUUAACAUGUGGUUUUCUUGUGGAGAUGACAGCGUCAGGUUUCUGCAUAUGUUUGUUUCUUCCCAUCUUCUUUUUCGUGAUGAAUUCAGUCAAGGUCUGAUUUGUUAUAUAUAAGGGGGGGUUUGGUCUUUCACCAUAUUGCUUACUGCUGCUAGAAGGGUGCUAGGGAACCCUGAUACUCCUUGGAAAAAUAUCCUGAAUUUGUUUUACAUGGUGAUCACCAGAGAAGAUGCAAAAGUAGUUCUUAAGGCACAGAGCAGAACCAAAUCUUUCCACCCUUGUUUGUGAGCUCUGGUCAGCAGACCAGCAGGCUGCUGUUGCUCUUAGGAUCAAUGCUCUGUUAUUAAUUUUUGGGCAAACAUUUAGCAGAAGCUAAAGAUUCCCUUGUGGAGACUGGUAGCAAGAGUGUGCCCUGAAGAAAUGGAUUUGCCUUCUCUGAGGUGGAGAAGUGAAUUGAAUUGGAGUCCUCCAUGUCCUGGGUGAGUGCUCUUGCCGUUGAAGUGCUGUGUUAAUGUGAAGGCAGCUUGGAUGCACUGUUGGAAAGGAAAGCUUGUUCUUCUCACCCUUGUAAGAAACAAAUAGCUCUUAAUUCCUGGCAAAAAACUUUUCUUUGCUUUAAGCUGGAUGUGGGCAGAAUGAAGAUGCACCACUGGAGAGAUGGUGCAAAGGGUCAGGAUGCCUGUGCAUGCAGCAGCAACAUCAGCAGCAUUUUCAGGAAAAACCUGACGUGGCUCUGAUGGCGCUCUGUCACGCACGGCAAGUAAAAGGUGUAGGCAGAAAGUCUGUCCUGUGGGAAGUCCCAAAAUCUUGCCAGAACAUGACAUGAGAUGGGUGUGGAGGAAAGGGAGGUUUCCAUGUUUUAUGCUGAAACAACAUGCAUAUUCACCAGCGUCCAUGGUCAUGGUCUGUAUGGCCGGGCUUGGUUUAACCAGGAGCCAGUCCCGCUUGGAAGGCAGCUGUGCAUGGGAUGGGCUGAGUGAGGGUUGCAACUCCUGCUUCCCUAACAAUCCAGGUAAAGAGAUCAGCCUGUGCUCAGAUCCAGUUAGGCUGUAAACACAGCAAGCUGGAAUCCCUGGGAGAAACAGAACGAUAGAUCACUUGCCUGCAGAUAAACAAGACAGUGGCAAAAAUAGUGCCUGGUCUCUGGACUGAAAAGCUGGAAUCAGCCUGGUUUGCCUUGUGCUGCCCGCAGCUCGCAGACAGAUGGGAAU